AAUGCAAUAAUUUCUUUCGGAAACAAGAAAGUAGAAAUUUCUUGCCAAUCAUUCAGGACAAGAAGAUUAACAAUGGAGGAAGAACUUCAGACACCUAGAAGAAGAGAUCGUCAUAUUGUUUGGUUCAAGAAUAGGAAGUAUAUUUUAUUAUGGACCACGAUGGGCAUUGCCUUUGUGCUAUUCCUAGGCCUUUUCUCCCAGAGUCUCAGAAAUGAGUCAGAAAUCUCCGAAGAUAUCAACAAGCAGAACAGAAAAUUAUCAUUAUUAUAUAAUAAUUCUGGAAAAUUGGGUGAAAUUGCUAAUGAUAUCAAACAAGUAGGUGGAGAGUUAAACACUUUCAAAGCUGCUUUGGCAGAGAACUGGAGUUUGAGACCUUCUGUGCUGGAAACACUGGCAGAGCUCAAAAGAGAAAAUGCUAGAAUUGCCGAAGAUGUGAUGCAGAUACUAGAUGCAGUACGUAACUUCACGGAGUUAUUAUGUACAACCUGUCCAGCUCACUGGCUGCACUUUCAAAAAAGCUGCUACUUCUUUUCUUUUGAAAACAAACCCUGGAAGACAGCUGAGCAGGCUUGUGAAAAUGAAGAUGCUCACCUGGUUAUUUUGAACCAUGGGAUAGAACAGAACUUUUUGAUAAAAAAUAUGGACAAGGAGCAGGUGUUUUGGAUAGGCUUGAGUGAUGCUGACAGGGAAAACCAAUGGAUCUGGGUGGAUAAUACAACUUUAUCUUUCUCCUCUUGGGGGAAAGGUGAACCCAAUAAUGCUGGAUCGGGUGAAGACUGUGCUACCCUGCGCUUCUCUGGGAAAUGGAAUGAUGCCGCCUGCUCUGGAAACGAAAACUGGAUCUGUGAAAAGAAAUGCUAGCCACGGUCCUCUCCGCAGCAGCCUUUGCAAGCUUGAAAGAACCACUGGUAUUAUAUUAGCCUGGAGGUCUACAGAAUCAUGUUCACAUGACCUUUUUAAAAAGGCUUAAAGCUGAGGACUUUGCAGAAGCAUAGGCCUUCCUCUUCUUCCCCCAGCUUGUGUGUGCUCUCAUUUUGAAUAUUGACUGCAUCUUUUGCAUUUCUCUUGGGAUUCAUAAACAUAAUGAGUCAUAGAGAAAUAACCAUGUGCAAACAGGUCUUCCUUCCUUCUAAGCAAGGGAGCAACUGCCUGAACUGCACCUGUGGUCAUGCUUGCUAUUGUGUCCCAAGGGAGUUGGGUGUGCUGCUUGUGCAUGAUUGCUCUGAUAUUUGCUACUUAAUGUGAAAAGUCAGAAUAUGUUUUUAUGCUAUUAUGAUUUUGUGUAUGCACUGGUAGUGGUGGUGGUGUCCAAGACUUCCUUCUUCCACAUAUAUAUGAGCAGUGUUGCUUUCAUCCUGAUAGAGUAACAGGUGGGGAAAAAUAUGCUGAGGUAAAACCACAGAAAAAACGCUUAACUUCUAGAGAUUGCACAUCUCUUCUCUCUCCUUCUCAUUUCAGCCUCUGCUGAAGUUAAGUAGCAGCCUCACUCAAUGGAUACUAUUUUUAAUCAGUAUUUAUCUUCAAUAGUUGCAAAUCAAAUAUCUUGGCAUCAGCUGCUGAAACUGUGUUUUUUCUCAGGUAUCCUCAAACAAGUUGCCCAGGCAAUUCUCUCCUCUCAAUUACUUUUUGUUUUACUCAGAAAAUAUGUACAAGUUUAUAAACCAAUAAACCAAUUAAA